CAGAUGACAACAAGCCAAUCUGGAUGCAUGCGGAGGAGAGAGAGGAGAGCAAGGGGAAGAGGAAGGAAGCUAGUCCCUGUGUAGAGUAUGGGAGCUGGUACAAGGCCUGCAAAGUUGACAGUCCUACUGUCAAUACCACCCUGAAGAGCCUGGGGGCGCUGUACCGCAGGCAGGGUAAAUUACAGGCAGCUGAGACACUGGAGGAGUGUUCUACCAAGACACGCAAGCAGGUACUYGUAAUACACUAUCGGGUACUGGUAAUACACUAUCGGGUACUGGUAAUACACUAUCGGGUACUGGUAAUACACUAUCGGGUACUGGUAAUACACUAUUACUAUCAG